GUAUCGUCUCAGCUCUACUAGAUAUGUGCUGGGCAUUUUAGAGUUGAAACAUAAACUUGUCAGUUGACUAACGAUGUAAUGAGGACGCUGUAUCAAAUGUAAUCUAAUGACCUCAAACAUGGUAUUUCUCUUGUCACUUACCAGCGGACAAGAAACACUGAUAUCUGCGAUUUAUCUUCAUUAAGUUUAUAAUGGUCAGUAUCUGCCUGGACAAUUUAUGAGUGUAGCUAGUAACUUUUUUUUUUUUUUUAGACUAAGGCUUUCAUGUUUUCCAUCUUAUUCCUUAUGUUACAUCAUUAAUGCUAAUUCUAUUAUAUCCAAAAUCUGUGAGAAUCUGAGUGGCUGCCACUUUUGUACAAUGCUAAAUGCGGGAUAGUCCAGGGUUGUAUUUCAGCCAUCAGCUGAACCUCAUUUAACCUCAUUUGACUGCUCAAUGUAGACAAAGGCUUAAAAGGCAUGUUAAGGCUUGCAUGUGAGUGGUGGUUUUUCCAAGAACUCAAGAGACCAGUCUUCUGUGAACUCAAAUCAGGGCAUGGGACUUUUAAGGUAUUUAAACUCAAAUCACAGGAUCAGUCAAAUGCUGUUCCAAGCAUUUAUUGUAGAGGGAUUUGGAAUUGAUUAGUGUGGUGAUUAGAUACCUUGUCAGUAUGGAGAGUUUAAGCCUACUCAAAAGCUCAAUUCUGAAUUUUUUUUUCACUUGUAAUCAUUUCCUGCAUGGGUGUCUUGAGGCUUCAGUGAUGCUGUAGCCUGAGGUCCCAACAUGAGGGUAUAUAAACCGGAGGACGUCCUCUCUGAGAACACACAGCAAACAGCAUACCACUGGACUUGUUUCACUGUAUCCUGCAGUAUCUCUAACUGAAAGAAGAGCCAGAAUGGAGUAUCAAAAUGCCUCAGAGAAGAAUGGAGUAGUUGACAGGUACAUAUGUAAACAUAAUGAUUUGUGCAGAGAAGAGAAGGACUCCAAGGACGCUGCAGAUGCCAACAAGCUGUCUGCCGUAGAGAAGGCUUAUACCACCAUACUGAGUGAGCUUGGAGAGGACGUCGACCGGGAGGGACUUCUACGUACACCACUACGUGCUGCCAAAGCCAUGCAGUUCCUCACCAAAGGCUACAAAGAAACAACUCAAGAUAUCUUGAAUGAUGCAAUCUUUGAUGAAAACCACGAGGAGAUAGUGAUUGUCAAGGAUAUCGAGCUGUUUUCUCUCUGUGAGCAUCACCUGGUGCCCUUCUUUGGCAAGGCUCACAUCGCAUACCUCCCAAACAAGAAAGUCGUUGGCCUCAGUAAGCUUGCGAGAAUUGUUGAGAUCUACAGCAGGAGGCUUCAAGUUCAGGAGCGUCUAACCAAGCAGAUUGCUUCAGCCAUCUCUGAGGCGUUGGAGCCUGCUGGAGUAGCAGUCGUGAUUGAGGCUGUCCACAUGUGCAUGGUGAUGAGAGGUGUGCAGAAGAUUAAUGCCAGCACUGUUACAAGUGUCAUGCUGGGAAGAUUUCAAGAGGAUCCCACGACCAGGAAGGAGUUCCUCUCCCUCACAAUGAGGAAGUGAAUAGUUUUUACGUCAGUAGGCACUUUAACAGAGGGAACUUACAGCUGUUGAUUUGUGCAUCUCUGCCAGUUUUAAUAUCAGCGAAUUACUGUCGUUCACGGCGUUGGUGGUGACCAUUCUCAAGCUUACGUUUUUGUGGGGCUGUCACAAUCAGGAAUUUUUAGUUGACGAUUAAUUGUUAUACAAAUAACUGUGAUUAACUGUUUACUUGUGUAUUUCUGUUCAUUGUAUGCCACACAGCAGUGUUGUUGUGUUUGGCUUUGCACUAAACUACAUCCAUGUUGUUAAUUUAAAUGCUCAUAGAAAUGAUGCGAUCAUCGGCAAAGGAGAUUAAUCUUCAAGUAGUUUGCUCAAACAGUGUCUCACCUCUCGCUCUGCUGCACAUAUUUAUUCUAAAUAGCUUGUUCUAAAACUGUUGUGUAGGCCGACCUAAUGCAACGAAAAAGUGGUUCAAGACAAUUAAUUCAUUUAGAAGGAGGCUUGAUUUUAUUUUCAAAAGUUGAUAUGCAAUGGGGAAAACACAAAUCCUGUGUUAACCGUUCCUGCUUCAGCUUUCAGACCGAGGUCGGGAGGCACGGGGGAAUCUUUGUUUUGUCUCCAGGGCCAAAGUUGAUGCUCACUUCUAGGUUACACUGUACAUUUACUACUAAACAACUUAACUGCUAAUUUCUUCUCUGCUCCAAUCGCAUCCACCGUUAUUUGCUCUCUCGCUCGACCACACACUCGCUACACUACGAACUCCUCCUGACAGGACUUACGCUACGUUUCCAUCCAGACAUGUAGAAAAGCUGGACGGAAGCGACAACUCCAGCAUAACUUUCCCCACACCUGUCAAACUCACUGCUGCACCUGUAGCGGAUGCUCUCCGCUUUAAAUCAAGAUACCUCAUAUUGGCACCUCUCUGUCAUCAUCUUGUGUCGUACUGUAAGCAACAAAUACAGUCUCAUAUGAGCUGAAACAGAAAAACCUGACUAACAGCAGUUAGAUCUCUCUUUUACCAUGUUUUUUUUUUCACUUUUGGCUUUGAGAUUCACUUGAUUGUGGAAUCCAACGAUUAUGCAAAAUAAUUGUGAUCAGGUGAAAUGUAAUGGCUUCCCAAUGCAAAUCUACAUUUAAAAUAAAACAUGAAGCUCUUCUUAUUUUUGUCUAUGCUUAUCCUUAUUCUUUGUUUUAAAAAGGACAAUGUCUUUGUUAUUCUAGCUGGUAUUUUAUGCCCCUUAUGGGGUCAUACAUGGCAGUGGUAGUACAUUGUACUGUGUAAUCCUAUAGCAUUUAGGUUUUACAAUGGAUCAUUGUUUAAAUAAGUUUUAAAACAUUGAAGCAUUCAAUCACCCAAUUUCAUUUAACAUCACAAGAAUCACUACAAAGUGUCAUAUAUAACACAUAUAUAAUCACAUCAAAACAGAGGCAUCAACAAUUUAAAACAGAAACACCCAUUUUCAAAAAGCACCAGUAGCCUCAUCUCAAGGGUAAAACAUGCAGGUUUUUGGAAGGUAUCAGUUAUUCUCUACGGUAUUCAAUCUGUACAUUAAUACACAUGGUUUCUUAUCCCUGCCUGACAAGGUAAGUACAUUUAUGCUGACAAAUGUAUAGUACGACUGGUACUAUAAAAGUGAGGGAACACAAAGUAACAUCAUGGCAUCAUUUUAAACUGCAAGACACGGAAAGACACAUGCAUAAGGUAUUUACAUGCUUGCUAAGUAGGAUUGGGGAAACACAACAUUUCUAACCUCUUUACAUCUAAUUAUCAUGCCAUUAAAUGUGAUUUCUUAGUCACCACCGCAUUGGGAGCAUUUACUCAACAGCUGUUGAAGACCAGCACUGCAGAGAGAUAAUGUAACCAAAUCCUCUGUAAACAAAAUCCGUAAUUAUGAGAUAACCAAAGACACAAUCUGUUAUAAAUGUAGAUGUGAAGUAUAAUCACAUUUAAAGUAAAACAUAACUAAGAUAAGAUAUAGUAUACUGCCAUUACAUACUGAAACCAGAGGAUCCAUCCAUCCCCGGUUAGAGAUGAGACGAUCUUUUGUGUUUAAUGAGGUGGAAAAUUAAAUUAAAUUCAUUCUCUACUUUCCUCCUCUUUAUGUUUUGUUACAAAUAUUGUUUAAAAAUGGUCAAAUUCUAAUAUUAAUGUAAAUACUAUCUAAAAGUAUCCUUUUGAUAAUGAUUUUGUAAUUUCAGAAUAUUUUUCUAAACAUUUG